GCAGGUGGCCCAGGCCCCCAGUGGCAAUCCCUGUUUACCCGGAGAGCCUGUCCAAGUUGGGCUCCAUCUCGGCAUUCGCUCCCCUCUGGGGCCCCGCCCGCCCGGAAAGCGGGGAGAAAACCGGGCCGAGCCAUUCCUCGCCCUUCCCCUCCCCGCACCGCCGGGAGAGGUCGGGCGGCGAUGACCCCCAAGCCAGCCGGACCCCCGGAUGGGGGCUGGGGCUGGGUGGUGGCGGCCGCAGCCUUCGUGGUGAAUGGGCUCUCUUACGGGCUGUUACGCUCCCUGGGCCUCGCCCUCCCAGACCUCGCGGAGCAUUUUGACCGAAGCGCUCAGGACACUGCGUGGGUCAGCGCCCUGGCCUUGGCGGUGCAGCAGGCAGCCAGCCCAGUGGGCAGCGCCCUGAGCACCCGCUGGGGGGCGCGCCCGGUGGUGAUGGUUGGAGGCGUCCUCACCUCGCUCGGCUUCGUUUUCUCGGCUUUCGCCCGCAGUCUGCUGCACCUCUAUCUUGGCCUGGGCGUCCUUGCUGGCGCCGGCUGGGCCCUGGUGUUCGCUCCUGCCCUUGGGACCCUCUCUCGUUACUUCUCCCGCCGUCGAGUCUUGGCAGUGGGGCUGGCCCUCACGGGCAACGGGGCCUCCUCGCUGCUCCUGGCGCCCGCCUUGCAGCUCCUCCUGGAUCAUUUCGGCUGGCGGGGCGCCCUGCUCCUCCUCGGCGCCGUUACCCUCCACCUCACCCCCUGCGGCGCCCUGCUGCGACCCCUGGAGCUCCCAGGCGACCCCCCGACCCCACCCCGAAGCCCUCUGGCGGCCCUCGGCCUAGAUCUCUUCACACGCCGGGUCUUCUUGGUUUUUGCUCUAGGCACGGCCUUGGUGGCGGGCGGGUACUUCGUCCCCUACGUGCACUUGGCCCCUCACGCUUUAGAUCGGGGUCUGGGCGGAUACGGGGCAGCACUGGUGGUGGCGGUGGCCGCGGUGGGGGACGCGGGCGCCCGGCUGCUCAGCGGGUGGCUGGCGGACCAGGGUUGGGUGCCCCUCCCGCGUCUGUUGGCGAUGUUCGGGGCUCUGACCGGGCUGGGGCUGCUGGCGGUGGGACUGGUGCCCGUGGUGGGGAGCGAGGAGGGCUGGGGAGGCCCCCUGUUGGCCGUGGCUGGGGCCUACGGGCUGAGCGCCGGAAGUUACGCCCCGCUGGUGUUCGGUGUGCUCCCGGGGCUGGUGGGCAUCGGAGGUGUCGUACAGGCCACCGGGCUGGUGAUGAUGCUGAUGAGCCUCGGGGGGCUUCUGGGCCCUCCCCUGUCAGGCUUCCUAAGGGAUGAAACAGGAGACUUCACCGCCUCCUUCCUCGUGUGCGGCUCUUUCAUCCUCUCGGGCAGCUUCGUCUACAUGGGGCUGCCCAGAGCGCUGCCCUCCUGCCGUCCAGCCUCGCGUCCAGCCACCCCUCCCCCGGAGAGGGGGGAGCUGCUCCCCGCCCCUCAGGUGGCCCUGCUCUCCCCAGAAGGCCCUCGCUCCACGCUGGACACGACUUGUUGACCAUUUUCUUGUUGGAGCCCCUCCCCCAAUAAAGACUUUAUGAUUUUUCCUGCAAA